AAAUGUAACACCGCGCAUACAGCCCUGAGUUAAGUUUGUGUUGAUUCACGGGCUUCACCAGUGUGUAUCGUCUGUGCAUUAUUUUGAUGUGAAGUGAGUUCAGCAGAUGGCAGUAUCUGUCAGAAAGGGCUCAGCGGUCCAACAAUGAGACUUGCAACAUUGUAUCGCACGCGCACAUUCGCUUUCGAACGCGGUGCGCGAUGAAACAAUGUAUCGAGUCCGACACAUGAAGCAACGCCGACGGGAAAUAAACCUGCGAUGGCUCAUCAUUUCUCUCUAAUGUCUUUUCGGGAGCUCAAAUCGCUCGAUAGCUAAUACUGCCAGGCGCAGGCUGCUGUGCGCGCGCGCAUACGGAGCUCAUGGCGGAGUUUGUCGCCGAGACCUGCGGGGUGUCAUCGCCCAACGGCGGCGGCGGCGGGAAAUCUGCCCACCCCGGCGAUGAGACGGGCGGCAGGGAUGAGUGCGAAGUGUCGGUCUCAAACGGGGACUGUGGAUUGUGCGGACCCGAGAAUCCAGAGCUGGAAGCGGCAAACGCAUCUGUCGUGCUGGACGGAAAACCUGGGAUACCACGCAAGGCGAGCAUUAUAAAGGAUGGCUCCAGGCGAUGCAAGGAGAGGAAGAAGACUGUGUCGUUCAGUAGCAUGCCAACAAAGAAGAUCAGCAGUGCAAGCGACUGCAUUAAUUCAAUGGUAGACGGCUCGGAACUGAGGAAAGUUCGCUCCAAUUCCAGAGUCUACCAUCGCUACUUCAUGCUAGAUGCCGAUAUGCAGUCUCUGCGGUGGGAGCCGUCAAAAAAAGAAUCAGACAAGGCCAAGAUUGACGUCAAAUCCAUCAGAGAGGUACGAACCGGCAAGAACACAGAGACCUUCAGGACCAACGGAAUUUCAGAUCAGAUUUCCGAGGAUUGCGCGUUUUCCAUCAUCUAUGGGGAAAACUACGAAUCGCUUGAUUUGGUGGCAAAUUCGGCUGAUGUAGCUAAUAUAUGGGUGACUGGACUCAGGUACCUCAUGUCGUAUGGCAAACACACUCUAAACAUGAUUCAGAGUAGCCAGGACAACAUGCGCUCCUCCUGGCUGGGAGAACUCUUUGACGAAGCAUGUGCGAAUGGCGGAAAAAGCAUCAGUCUUUGUUCGGCCGUACAGAUGAUCAAGAAGUUAAGUCCUGGAGUUAAAAAUGUCAAGAUAGAGCUCAAGUUCAAGGAGUUGCACAAAGCGAAAGAAAAAAUGGGUAGCAAAGUGACUAAGGAAGAGUUCAUCGAAGUCUUUCAUGAUCUUUGCACAAGACCAGAAAUUUAUUUUUUGCUAGUCCAGUUCUCCAGCAACAAGGAAUUUCUUGAUGCUAAAGACUUGAUGAUCUUCUUGGAGGCCGAACAGGGUAUGGCCAAAGUGAGUGAGGACAUCAGCAUAGAAGUAAUUCAAAAGUAUGAACCCUCAAAAGAGGGGCAGCUGAAAAGAUGGCUCUCACUGGAUGGAUUUACCAAUUACCUCAUGUCACCAGACUGCCACAUUUUUGAUCCUGAACAUAAAACAGUAUGCCAAGAGAUGAAUCAACCUCUGUCUCACUAUUACAUCAACUCCUCCCAUAACACCUACCUGAUAGAGGACCAAUUCAAGGGUCCAUCAGACGUAACAGGGUACAUCCGGGCCCUCAAGAUGGGCUGCAGAAGUGUGGAGCUUGACGUUUGGGAUGGGCCCGAUAACGAACCGGUCAUUUACACUGGCCACACGAUGACCUCACAGAUCGUUUUCCGAAACGUCAUUGACAUCAUCAACAAAUAUGCCUUUGUGGCAUCAGAAUUUCCCUUAAUACUGUGCUUGGAGAACCACUGUUCGUUAAUGCAACAGAAGGUCAUGUUUCAGCACCUGAAAAAAAUACUCGGGGACAAAAUUCACUUGGACUCUCCCAACCUUGACGACAGCUACCUUCCAUCCCCCUCUGAAUUAAAGGGUAAGAUUCUUUUGAAGGGCAAAAAACUAGCGAGCAACUUCAUUGGGACAGAAGGUGAAGUGACCGAUGAAGACGAGGGGGCUGAAAUGGCUCAGCGGGUGAACAGCGAACAAGGAGGAGAACAGCAGACGGUUGCUCAACCCAAAAAGUUUCAGCUCUCCAAGGACUUAUCUGACUUGGUAACCUUGUGUAAAUCUGUUCGAUUUAAGGAUUUUGUGUCAGCUUUCCAGAAUCAGAAACACUGGGAGCUGUGCUCCUUCAAUGAGGUCUUUGCCAGUAAAUGUGCUACCGACCACCCUGGAGACUUCGUUAACUACAAUAAGAAAUUUCUGGCAAGGGUUUAUCCCAGUCCGAUGAGAAUCGAUUCUAGCAACAUGAACCCACAGGACUUUUGGAAAUGCGGCUGUCAGAUCGUAGCAAUGAACUAUCAAACACCCGGGCUCAUGAUGGACCUUAACAUUGGCUGGUUCAGGCAAAACGGGAACUGCGGUUACGUUCUACGUCCAUCUAUCAUGAGGGAGCAGGUGUCUUAUUUCAGUGCCAAUACUAAAGACUCGGUUCCAGGAGUAUCUCCACAACUCCUUCACAUAAAGAUUAUCAGUGGGCAAAAUUUCCCCAAACCCAAGGGCUCGGGGUCCAAAGGCGAUGUCGUAGACCCUUACGUUUACAUUGAAAUUCACGGCAUCCCUGCUGACUGUGCUGAGCAAAGGACUAAAACUGUCCAUCAGAACGAAGACAAUCCCAUUUUUGAUGAGAGUUUUGAGUUUCAAAUUAACCUUCCAGAAUUGGCAAUGGUGCGAUUUGUUGUCUUGGAUGACGACUACAUCGGGGAUGAGUUUAUCGGUCAGUACACCAUUCCAUUCGAGUGCAUUCAGCCAGGUUAUCGCCACGUUCCCCUACAGUCUCUUACAGGUGACGUACUUCCACAUGCCUGGCUCUUUGUCCAUGUCGCCAUUACCAACCGGCGCGGUGGGGGUAAACCUCACAAAAGGGGGCUUUCUGUCCGCAAAGGUAAACGGGGUCGGGAAUAUGCCACCAUGAGGAUACUUUUCAUCAAAGCUCUGGAUGAAGUCUUUAAAACUGCUGCACAGCCACUACGGGAAGCCACCGAUCUGAGAGAGAACAUGCAGAAUGCCAUCGUGCCAUUUAAAGAGCUCUGCGGUCUGUCGGCGGUGGCCAAUCUGAAGCAGUGUAUUCUGGCCCUCUCCCCACGCCUCACUGGACCGGAUAACAGCCCGGUUCUGCUGUUUAACCUCAAAGAUCAGUACCCGACCGUGGAGGCACAGGGGGUGCUGCCGGAAGUGCUGAAGAAAGUCGUGACGGCUUAUGAGAUGAUGAUCCAAACCAGUCGGACGCUGCUGGAAAACUCGGACAGCAUUUACGAUAAAAUACUGCAGGUCCAGAAAGCAGCGAUGGAGUUUCAUGAGAAUUUGCAUGACAUGGCCAUGAAGGAAGGUCUGAAGGGACGAAAACUCCAUAAAUCUGUGGAGAGCUUUACCUGGAACAUCACCAUUUUGAAGGGCCAGGCCGAUCUGUUGAAACACGCCCGUGCAGAAGUGCUGGAAAACUUGAAACAGAUCCACUACGCCGCCCUCACGUCUAACCUGGUGAAGGGGUCGUCCGAGCCUAAGGGCCGCCGCAGUCUUGGGGCGAUCCCGGAGAAGGCCGUCAGGGAGGAGGACAUCCCGGAUGAGGAGAACUGAGGUUACCUUUCCUCCAAAUCCCAGAAGUCCUCUUCCUGUAUCUCGCUCCAGAGAUCGGUGUGCGCUGAGGGCUCGGGUCAACCGAGGAGGUUUCGAUCGAGAUCAGCGCAUCACAUCUACAGGAUAUCAACGAUAAGGGAGAAGUGUUUUCAUGAGAGGAGAAAAGGCCUUCUCCACUUCCUGUUUCCACCUCCUCCACUUCCUGUUUGUGUCUCUGCCCACGUGUCUCUUUAAUGCCGCGGGUCUCUGGGGUCAAGUCCGUGUCUAUGUGCCACAACUUGGCCCCAGAACUUUUCUACAAGCACAAACGUUGAGUAUUAAGACUGGAAUCAUGAAUGUAAAAGGACGUCGCGUGUGAACGUGAGAAAGAAAAUCAGAGAGCUGUUUACAAUAAAGAACUAAUUCAUGUUCUGUCUGCCAAACUAGUAUGUAUGUGUGUGUAUAUAUAUACUGUAGUAUAAAUAUAUAAAUAUAUGGAGAUCUGUUACUUUUUUGCUAUGUGAACUUUUAAUGGAUCAGAUUAUUUUGUUAACAGAAAUGGGUGUUUUAAAAGAGUUCAUAUUUUAUUUGCUUGUACAGACGUAAAUGUGGCCAGAGCGGAUCAUACGAGAGCGCUUUCAGAGUGUUUUUUAUUAUUAUUUGUAUAGAUAUAGGAGGAACGUAAGAUGUGCAUCACGUGAGAUGUGAUUCGAGAGAUAUAUUACCAGCAGUUAUCGUACUGUACAUGUGAAUAGGUGUCUGAGCCGAUUGUUGCGUCUGAUUUGCCACACACACAUCGCAGAGACUUCCUAGUAGUGGUCGACCGAUAUAGUUUUUAUUUUUUUUAUGGCCUUUCCGAUACAGAUAUUGAGAAAGCAUGUGUGAGCAAUAUAAGGCCGAUCUAACAGAAAUGUAAAGACAAAUGAGAGACAAACAAAAUGAGAGAAAAUUGAUGAAGCAUAAUAUUUAUAGACAUACCCCUUUUAAGUACUUGAAAAAUAUCUACAAGACAUAUAUAAUGUGGAUGACAGAUAUUGCUGCACAACUGGGUGGUGUUGUGUGUAACACAACGUAACUUCACAUUAAAAAGUGUAUAAUGAUUGGUCAUUUUACUGUCUGUCAGACUGUGGCUUAACAUCAAAGUUUCUUUUCAUAAAAAACAGAAAUUAAGGAACAGAAAGAUUUAUUAGCAUUUAAAAUGUACAAAUAUCGGCCGAUAUAUCGGUCCAUCAUGACUUCACAGUGGGCAAUUGAUGUAAACCGAACGUCACGGAUAUUGACCUACAUAUAAAUGAAACCAAUUUCCGUUUAGGAAUUACAUCCAUUAUGAAGUCUUGACUAAUAUUUGAUGUCAAAUUGAUAUCAAGGUGCCCGCUGGGUUGGAAGUGACGACUACGUGUAUGAAUCCUCGGAUUGAUUAUUCAUGCAGGAUUCACUCCUGAGCGCUUCACAUACUAUAGUGAUGACCAUAGCAAUGAUUCAGUGUCUCGCUGCUGUAAACCAUUCAUGGAUUCGAUUUUGUGACUUGAUCCUGCGUGAGGCUUUUAUUAAUUACAGAAGGACAGUGUUAAUAUAAACGGUCAUUUUAUUUAUGUAUAUACAACUGCUGAUUUCAAAUAGCAUCGUGUUUUUGGACUUUAACAGGCUGGAUUCAUUUUUUUGUGAUUUUCUCACACCUCGUACAAGCCGUCAGGGUUAGAAAGAAAGCGACAUCACUGCAUUUUGAUAAAUCGUGUUUCUGUAUACAUUACAGAUUUAAAGUGGACAUAUCACGAAAAUCUGACUUUUUUCAUGUUUAAGUUCUAUAAUUGGGUCCCCAGUGCAUCUAUCAACCUAAAAAAAAGAAAUGUAAAAAGAAAACCCAGUAACUUAGUUUUGGUAAACCAUUCUCUGCAAGCAUGUGAAAAAAUAGGUCAUUGAAAUUUGGCUCCCCUUGUGAUGUCAGAAGGGGAUACCACCCCUUAAUCUGCACUAUUAUAGAGAUUAACGCAUUCCCCGCCAGCCUUUUUUUUUAAGUUGCCGCCAGCAUUUUUUUGUGAUUUUCACAAAAGUUUCACAAAAUGACUUCUACACUGCAAAAAUGAUUUUCAAGACAAACAUUUCUUAGUAUUUUUGUCUUGUUUUCAGUGAAAAUAUCAAAAAAUUCUUAAAUUAAGAUGCUUUUUCUUGAUGAGCAAAAAGAUCCAAGAAAAGAAGUCUAGUUUUUAGACCAAAUAUAUCAAAUUUAGGUUAUUUUGUGCAUAAAACAAGCAAAAAAAUCUGCCCAUUGGGUAAGCAUUUUUUUUUCUGAACUUAGUGUCUAAGAAAAAGAGUUUGAAGAUUUUUGCUUACCCCACUGCACUGCAAAAAAUGAUUUUCAAGAAAAUAUUUUCUUAGUAUUUUUGUCUUGUUUUCAGUAAAAAUAUCUAAAAAUUGAGCAAAACGACCCAAGAAAAUAAGUCAAAUUUUUAUACCAAAAUUAUCAAAUUUAAGUGAUUUUGUGCAUAAAACAAGCAAAAAAAUCUGCCAAUGGGGUAAGCAAAUUUGUCUUUAAUUUUUUCUUGAAUUUAUUGUUUAAGAAAAAUGUUUAAGAUUUUUUUGCUUACCCCAUUGGCAGAUUUUUUGCUCGUUUUAUGCACAAAAUCACUUUAAUUUUAUAUUUUUGGUCUAAAAACUAUUUCAUGGGUCAUUUUGCUCAUCAAGAAAAAGCGUCCUAAUUUAAGAAGUUUUAGAUAUUUUUACUAAAAACAAGACAAAAAUACUAAGAAUUUUUUUUCUUGAAAAUCAUUUUUUGCAGUGUGGCAGUUUUUUUUGUGCUUGUUUUAUGCUAAUUAAAUUUGACAUUUUUUGUCUAAAAACUAGACUUAUUUUCCUUGGUCAUUUUUCUUAUCAAGAUAAAGCAUCUUAAUUUAAGAAUUUUAAGAUAUUUUUACUGAAAACAAGACAAACAUAUUUUUCUCUUGAAAAUUAUUUUUUGCACUGUAGGAAUAUUUUCUUCUUUAAACAUACAAGUAUAUCAAAUGAAAGACAGACCCUCUGUUUUCAAACAAACAAACAAAACGGGAAAAAAAAUUCAUCCUAUCUAUAUUUUUUCUCUGCUUAUAAAUUCCUAAAUAUGAGUAUUUUUCUUUAAAAAGACAUUUGAUGAAAAGAGAUUCUUUAUCAAAAAGCUGAAAUAAUAGCAUUUUUGUGUAGGAAUUUUUUUAUGGAUCAGAUUCAGAAUGAUUAUCAAAACAAACACAGAGUUUAAAAUGAGUAAAUAACGUUUUGGCUUCAGUUUUUUUUUCAUAAAUUGGCCAUCUAGGGUAUUAUCGCGGUAUUGCAGAUUAACAUAAAAAUUAUCAGGAACUUUGUUAUGCAAAUGUUUUCUCUUGGCGUGGAAAGAGUUUAAAAUAAUCGACAGCACAAUAGAGUUUUAAUUUCAACAAUCCACCAUUAUGGCGAUCAGUGUUUGCAUUUCAUCAUCUCAUUUGCAUUUUAAAGAACACACACAAAAUGGCACAUUUUUGUUCACACCUACAAAGUAGCAAUUUAAACAUGUUAUCAUAAAUGACCUAUAUGGUAUUCUGAGCUAAAACUUCACAUAUGUACUCUGGGGACACCAAAGAUUUAUUUGACAUCUAAAAAAGUCCUUGAAAUGUCCCCUUUAAUGUACAUGAUUUUUCAGGAGUGAAUUUGUUUCCAGAAUUCAGUAGUGUAACCAAAUAGUUUGCGCUUGCUAAAAGCUGUUGACUAUUCUGCGAUUUUGUGCGAAAACAGUGUGGAGUGACAAUCAAAUUUAUCUGCAGUGUGUACGUGGCCUUUCAGAGCAAACUGAAUACUGUACGUCAAGUGUUGUGGUUUAGCUUCUCAACCAUUCCUGAAACAAAGUAUCUCAUCCGUUUAGGAAUACUAUCCAGAUAUGAUUCUGCUUUGUUAUUUGUCUUGCAUCGCCUUUUCUAACCCAACAAGUUGCUUCGAGUUUGUAAGUAUUCGUCUCCGGCUCAUUCCUUUGGUCUUUUUUGUGCCUAUCUACUGUCAGACUUUGUGAAUCACUUCCAUUGGACUUUACAAGUUGUGACCAGAGAUUUAACUGGACAUGAAAAAAAAGAAGCGCUUUGUUUAUACAUUUCAGUGCUGUUAUUGUGUAUUUAUAUCUAUUGUUAGCCAUUUAUACCAGUGAGGAGUGGGUGAUAUGUUUUGUUUAACUGUUACGACCCAACGCUCAGAAAUAAACCAUGAUGUUCUUUAACCGUC